GUCGUCGAGGUGUAUCGUUAAUUCAGUUUAGAAAGUGUCAGUUUUUAUAUUUCACAAUGUGUGUAUUUGUGCGCUAACAUUUUUAAUGACUGAAAAGUUUUGAGGGUAUUUUUAACAACAUUAUAUUUUAUUUUUUUGGCGGGUGAUGUACAUCUAAACAGUUUCAACAUCUGCUUAACAUCUGCUAACGCCACGGUUAACCCAAUUACGCAUGUGGAUGUGCAAUAUAAGUGCAUUAUUAAGGUAAAAUAUGCUUUACUAUCUCUUUAAAACUCUGGAAAGAUAUUUAAUGGCAAUGAAUUAUGUAGUACAGUUAUCUUGUGAUAGGAUACUGUACGCUAGAUGGCAGACGGAUCCAGUUAUUUCCAACACCGAAAGCGUAAAGUUCAGUUACCAUACCACAUAGACACAACCACCGAUUCCUUCACUUGAUUUGUAUUAUUAAUUCUUGAAGCGUAACAGCUAUUGUUUCCCAUCUCAAUUCUAAAUUGUGCAAAUAAAUGUCAAAAUGACACACUUGCCCUAAACCAUAUAGCCUACGUUUACAAUAACGCACCCGUUAUUCUCACUGCUUUCUCUGCCUUUAUUCAAAUACUUUACAUUAUACUCUUGUGUUAUAAAUAAGUCGACGAUACAUUUUUAACGUCAACAGUGAGCUUUAUACAUGAAAAACACAGAUAAGAACGCCAUUGUCGUGUAUCUAACGUUUUAAAUUGCCGAGACGACAGAAAGCACAGCUUGUGUCAUCAUUACUAUUAAAAAUGUAGACAAUAACUGCAAACAAACCAGACAAAUACAAACUUUGAGGCACUCGGAAGAAGCCAUUUCAAUUCCCACGCCAGUUUAUUUCACAUGUACGGUAGCUUAUUUUUGUCUUUCUUUCCUUUUUUUCUAUUCUAUCCAGGGUUUCUUCCUCUUUUUGUGACAAUAGGCGACCCAUACUAAUCAGGUCUCAAAGUAAAUAGCCGCGCAGGGCGAGCUCAAUGUAAAUUGUGCUUGUCAGAACCCCAGCCGUAGGUAGCAAGGAACGAGGGCUCUAACCAAUGGAGUGAAGGAGGCUUGGCUAACCUUAGCCUCCCAUUUUUCUCCCCCCAAUGCAGGGCUCUGACCAGUCAGUCGCCUUUGAUUAUCAGUUGCCAGCAACCCCUCUCUUGGCUCCUUGACAUGAGCACCAUAUAAGGCGCAGCGAUCUCCAUAGAAACGUGUCAGUUUCAAUAGUAGUGUCAAAGUUCACUAUAUACAGACAUUCGCGCAGAUCCCCGUUUCGGAAACAUUGCUCUGCGUGUCUUCCCGUUUAAGCGCAUUCAGUUUCGGGUCUCUCCUCCUUGCAUAUUCUAUUAGUUGUUGUUUUUUUCUUUUUCUUUUCUCUUUCGCUCCAUUCCUGCCGGAGAGGUGAAACUAAUGCAGAGGCACACUUUAGCGACGUAUUUUGUUUGGUUCCAGAUGAGUUUAAUUUAAAAUAUGUAUUAAAAAAAAUCAGAUCUUCAGUUUUUUUUUUUUCUUCCUCCAGUGAAGACAGGAGUAAGGUGCAAGCAAGAAGAGGAUUUAUUUCUCGUCGUACUUUGGAUCGCUUGUAUUUUUUUUUUUAUUUUUAUUUUUUUUUGUGUGUGUGUGUGUGUGUGUGUGUUGCUUUGCAGUGAAUCUGGCCUCACCGUUAUCACUGUAAAGCAAACUCUGUAAUCUCCACUCGUUCUCUCUUUUCAAGAUUGGUUUCCUGAAUGGCUGGCUGCAUUUUGCCCUGGAACUGGCCUCCCGACACUUGCAUAUUCUGAUCGGGUGCCUUUUUAAUACCACUUUUGAUUUGAAUGUAUUGAUAUUUUUCUCCGUGUCCUCUAACAGUGUAUGCGAUUGCCUGCUCAGAUUUGACUUUUCCACGCCCGUGUGUUUAAAAUAUCCUUAGCCACUUCCAAAAAAACCAGCGAUCAGCUCGCUACAUAGCACUUUUUGGGCCCGAGAUAUGGCAAUGGUAGUUAGCAGUUGGCGAGAUCCGCAGGAAGACGUGGCUGGAGGAACUCCGAGCGGCCCGAAUCCAGCAACCCAGCCGACGAGAGAGCAGCAGCAGACGGCGUCGGCAGCACCGCUUACCCCGCAAACCCCCAGCCAGCCGGGACCCCCGUCAACGCCGGGGACCGUCGUAGAAAAGCAAACGCAACAGAAUUCAGGUCAGACUCCACAGCAUAUUGAAUGUGUGGUCUGUGGAGACAAAUCCAGCGGAAAGCACUACGGUCAGUUCACCUGCGAGGGCUGCAAAAGUUUCUUCAAGAGGAGUGUCCGAAGGAACUUAACGUACACAUGCCGUGCCAACAGGAACUGUCCCAUUGACCAGCACCACCGCAACCAAUGCCAGUACUGUCGUCUGAAGAAGUGUCUCAAAGUUGGCAUGAGGCGGGAAGCGGUUCAGCGAGGAAGAAUGCCUCCAACCCAGCCGAAUCCAGGCCAGUACGCGUUGACGAAUGGGGAUCCCCUGAACGGCCAUUGCUAUCUGUCUGGAUACAUCUCGUUACUGCUGCGGGCCGAGCCUUACCCGACCUCCCGCUACGGCAGCCAGUGCAUGCAGCCCAACAAUAUCAUGGGCAUAGAGAACAUCUGCGAGCUGGCAGCUCGCUUGCUCUUCAGCGCCGUGGAAUGGGCCAGGAACAUCCCUUUCUUCCCCGAUCUGCAGAUCACCGACCAGGUAUCCCUCCUCAGGCUGACUUGGAGCGAAUUGUUUGUGCUGAACGCGGCUCAGUGCUCCAUGCCCCUCCACGUGGCCCCUCUACUGGCAGCGGCAGGCCUCCAUGCCUCUCCCAUGUCAGCGGACCGGGUUGUGGCUUUCAUGGAUCACAUCCGAAUCUUCCAGGAGCAGGUCGAGAAACUCAAGGCCCUGCACGUCGACUCGGCAGAGUACAGCUGCAUCAAAGCUAUAGUGCUCUUCACAUCAGACGCCUGUGGCCUGUCAGAUCCCGUUCACAUCGAAAGCCUGCAGGAGAAGUCUCAGUGUGCCCUGGAAGAAUAUGUGAGAAGUCAGUACCCCAAUCAGCCCAGCCGCUUUGGUAAGCUCUUACUGCGGCUUCCUUCGCUCCGCACCGUCUCCUCGUCGGUCAUUGAGCAGCUCUUCUUCGUUCGCCUGGUAGGUAAAACCCCGAUAGAAACCCUCAUCAGAGAUAUGUUGUUGUCCGGGAGCAGCUUCAACUGGCCUUAUAUGUCCAUCCAAUGAUUACAUUGAGAACAAAAAACGAGCAAAAAAGAGACUGAGGCUAAGAGGACCAAAACUAACCACCGCAACAGUAAGAAAAAAGUACAACAUCGUCAACAACAACAACAACAACAACAACAACGUUUAGGGAAACCAAGAACUCCAUAGGAUUAAAUAUGUAUGCAUAAAAAAGAAAAGGACUACAAGUGCAAAUUGAAAGGACCUCCUUCUUAUCUGUGAACGCGUUGUUUUUUUGUUUGUUUUUGUUUUUUUAAUGGAGAAAGGACCUUGAAGAUCUUUUUUGUGAACUGAGAUGGAUAUAUUCUGUACAGAAAAGGGAACUGGACUGACUCCUGUGUAGAUCCACUCACUUACAAGAACGUUGCUCUUCAUUUUGUAAAAUAUCAGUCUUAUUUUCAUUUUUUGUAAAAAAUAAUAAUAAUAAUAAUAAUAA